AAACUUCACAUGUACUUUGUUUCACACAAUGCUUCAUUUGCACAAACAACAAAACUUCUCUUUUGUCCUUCUUCUGUUUGUGGCACUGGCCAUAGUAUAUGGCAGAAAAACUGCUGAUGUUAGUUUCCAACAGAACUACAAGGUUGUAUGGGGAAACCGCCAUGUCUUCUUUCUACAACAUGGCAGAGAAGUUCAACUCUCAAUUGAUAAAACUUCAGGGGCUGGCUUCAGAUCAAAAUUGGACUAUGCUUCUGGGUUCUUUCAAAUGAGAAUAAAGAUACCCAACAAGGACUCCAGAGGAGUUGUCACAGCCUUUUAUCUUACUUCAAGGGUGUAUAAACGUAUGGGAGAAAAACAUGAUGAGAUCGACUUUGAAUUCUUGGGAAACAAUGGAGAGCCUCAUAUGUUGCAAACCAAUAUUUUUGCAAAUGAUGAAGGUGGUAGAGAGCAAAGGCAUAGUCUCUGGUUUGAUCCCACAAUCGAUUUUCAUUCAUAUGGAGUUCUUUGGAACCAACAUCAAAUAGUGUUUUACGUGGAUGAAAUACCAAUUAGGGUUUUUAAGAACAACUCGAAGGUUGGAGUGAGUUAUCCAUGGCAGGAAAUGCACGUUACAGGUAGCAUAUGGAAUGGUGAACCUUGGGCAUCUAAUGGGAAGAGAAUUGACUGGAAGCAAGCACCCUUCACUGCUCACUUUCAAGGUUUCAAUAUUCAUGCCUGCAAAACCCCAAACACCAACAAUUUUUUCUGCUAUUCUCCUUAUUUAUGGUGGAAUGAUCACAAACAUUGCCAAUUAAACCCUCUCCAACAAAAGGCAUACCAAUAUGUCACAAAGAAACAUCUCGUCUAUGACUACUGUUCUGAUAGAGCCCAAUUUCAUAAAGAAUGUCAAAUUAAUUAGCUAAUUAAUUCAUCAUAUAUAUUGUUAAUAUACGUCAAAAACAA